AUGUCCCGCCCACAUAGCUUCAACAAGGGCAAGGGGAAGGAUAAGGAAGAAGAUAAGAAGAGGAAAUGGGAAGAAAUGACGGAGGAAGAGAGGGCGGAAGCAGAGGCAAAGCAGAGGAGCUUUGAGAGAAGUCUGGCUGGGCCGAGUGUUGGCAAAGCAGGUUUGAUGAGAGACCAAACUGAAAUCAACAGGAUCAUCGCGGAAGCCUCCAAAGGAUCCAAAUACUACAAGAAUCAGGUCAGAAAAGACGAAGAGCUCAAUGAGAAAAUCACAUGGUAUAGGGCCAAACGGGAUGAACUGAUGUCGAUGGCCAAUCAAGCGCAGAUUGAAGCUGAGGCUGAUCGUAUACUCAUGGAUGUCGAGGCUCUUCGUGAUCUGUCACAGACCAUCAUACAUGUGGAUAUGGAUGCUUUCUAUGCUUCUGUAGAGGUCCAACGUGACCCGACCCUAAAAGGCAAACCGUUCGGUGUGGGUCGAGGGGUGUUGACUACCGCAUCUUACGAGGCCAGAAAGUUUGGAUGUCGCUCAGGGAUGGCUGGCUUCAUAGCCAAAAAGCUUUGCCCUCAGAUCAUCUUAACCGAAAUGCACUUUGACUUGUACAUUGCCGCCUCCAAGUCUGUCCGUGAAGUGCUUGUCCAGUAUGACGAGAAUCUCAUGAUGGCUAGCUUGGACGAAGGCUAUCUUAACAUCACACCUUACAUGUCCACGCACAGCAUGACGGCGGCAGAGGUCGUCACCCAACUCCGGGCACAAGUCGAAGAAAAGACAAACCUUACCAUCUCAGCCGGCAUUGCCCCCAACAAGAUGCUUGCCAAGAUCUGCUCCGACAAGAACAAACCCAACGGCCAAUUCGAGCUCAGCUUUGAGCGUGCCGAGAUUAUAAACUUCAUGCGCGAUCUUCCUGUUCGCAAAAUCCCAGGCUUUGGACGAGUGACGGAGCGGUGUCUUGAAGGGCUGGGGGUGGAGACUUGCGGGCAAAUAUACGAAAAGAGGGUAGAGCUACUGCUAUUGGAUCAUUGGUUUGGCUUCCAUGGGCUUUGCAAAGCUUACCUCGGGAUCGCCGACAAUACAGUUGCCCCUGGGAAAAGAGAAGAGCGAAAGAGCGUCGGAGUGGAACGCACCUUCAGAGACAAGGCGAAUGACGAGGAGAUCUUGGCUUGUCUGGCCGACAUUGCGGACGAGCUGGAAAAGGAUCUCGAGCGCCUGCAGUAUGCUGGGAAGACCGUUACGGUCAAAUUCAAGCUACAUACGUACGAAAAUAAGACAAGGGCCAAAUCAGUGACCAAAUUCCUCACAACUGCUGAAGAGAUCUUACCCAUUGCACAAGAGCUACUGAAACGGGAGUUGCCCCUGCGAAUCCGCCUUUUAGGGAUACGCUUAUCGACGUUGAGGGACCUAACAGUGGAGGAGAAGGGUAUCAAAGGGUUCUUCAAGCCACCAGCUGAGAAUACGGCCAAAGAAGCAUCCAAAAGGAGAGGUCGUAUGUCCGAGAUGGCGAAGAUGGAUGAAGAUGAUGGAGAGGUUUACUACGAGUCAGAUGAUGACGACGACCCAAUAUUUGUCGAAUGCCAUCCAUCGUCCCACAUUCUCGGCAAACGGAAAUCUCCAACACCCUCGACCGAUGUCCCUUCCCCUUCGCCUGGCCCUGCGUGUCCAAUAUGCGGCCAGAACCUUCCCGGGGGCACGUCCAACCAGGAGCUCAACGACCAUGUCGAUUGGUGCUUGAACAAGGAUGCGAUCAGGGAGGCGAGCCGAGUGUCUCCGGCGGUCACGAAGAGGUUGAAAGCCGACCAGAAGAGACCUGUGGCCAUACGAGGCGAGAGUAGCUCUCCGGUAAAGCCAAAGGAGCAGAUGAAGGAGGAGAGAGUGGCUGAGAGAGGAACCAUUUCGGCAUGGUUAAAGAAGAAAUCUUGA